CACAUUACAUUCAUUCAUCUCAACGUUCUCUCUCUCUCUCUCUCUCUCUCUCUCUCACCUCUGAGAUCAGCCAGCGACAUGAAUCCUGCCCUUAGCUUUAUUUUAGUGGUUGCGUGAAGCAGAAGUUUGGAAUAAUAGUCGUUGUGUGGUGUUCUCUACUCUCUAGCUAGCUACCUUCUUGGAGAUUUGGUAAUUAUUGCAAACACAUCACGUUUCUAAGUUUGUGUUUCUCGAAAUGGGGAAGAAAACAGAGCUGAAAGAUCACAAGGAGAUAGCCAAAGUUGAAACUGUUCUUGAGCUUCUCAGGAAACAAACCCCUCUCACUGUGAAACAGGAGAAGUUUUGCAACUAUGCUUGUGUGAAACGGUUUCUGAAAGCAAAAGGGGAUAGUGUGAAAAAAGCUUCGAAGCAACUCAAGGCUUGUCUUGCUUGGAGAGAGAGUGUUAUCGCUGAUCACUUGAUAGCAGACGAUUUCUCAGCUGAACUGGCUGAUGGGUUGGCCUAUUUGGCUGGUCAUGAUGACGAAUCCAGACCUGUUAUGAUUUUUCGUUUGAAGCAAGAUUAUCAAAAGUUGCAUUCCCAGAAGAUGUUCACUCGUUUGCUGGCCUUUACAAUAGAGGUGGCCAUUUCGACCAUGCCAAAAAACGUAGAACAAUUCGUGAUGCUUUUUGACGCAAGCUUUUACAGAUCAGCAUCUGCAUUCAUGAACCUAUUACUACCAGCACUGAAAAUUGUGGCGGAGUACUACCCAGGAAGGCUAUGCAAAGCGUUUGUCAUAGACCCUCCCUCGCUUUUCGCUUACUUGUGGAAGGGUGUGAGGCCGUUCGUGGAAUUAUCAUCAUGGACGACGGUGGUAUCAUCGUUGGAUUUCGAAGAAUCGUUGGACUUCAACGACUUCGCGGCGUACCCGCGAGCCUCGUCCCUCCGAUUCGACAGCGCGAGCGUGAAAUCAACGGCGAAGAUAGGCUCGUGCUCCUCGUCACGGUUCUCCUUCACCGUAUCUCACCACCUUGACUCGUUGAAGCCCUGGUACCUGAGCCUGGCCGACACGUCAGCAUCCAAAGUGGGACCCACGAGUCCUUCGGCCGCACUCAUCUCGCCGCUGAACGCGCGCUCGCUCUCGUUCGCGUCGCCCGUCGCGAGAACCCCCCGAGGCCCCCCGGCCACCAGGAAGGGCCUCUUCCCCUCAACGCCGCUGCCGCAGCGCGUGACGGCGCCGCCGCGGACCUCGUUCCUCCAGUCGCCGGCGACGUUCUUCAGGCGAGAUAGCCACGUUGCCGCCAAGGGAGAGAGGUGCCGGGAAUCGUUCUUGCCGUAUGUGAAGUUCUACCGAAGACCAUACGACGAAAUGGUGUAUAGGUCAAAGAUGCGGCCCCCACUCGGCGGCCUAAUCUCCAUUGUUUCCCCUCAUAUCACAAGACGCCAUGUUUCCGUUUCUCAGCGUUUCUAAUAUUUUAUUUAAUUCCAAAAAUCCUUAAUCUAAAUACUACUACACCGCAAUCAACGCCUCCAAUUACCUUACCAUUGCCAUUUCCCCCCCUUCUUGCUCAGUACAUAGUAUUAGUAUAUUUGAAUGUGUACUAUUAUUAUUACUACUGUUAAGUAGACAUUAAUUCGUUUUUUGAUCCUCAAUUUCAAUUUUCAAGUUCCCUCGUGCGUGCAAGGUGGGGUAUGAAACAGCGUGCAGUAUGUUAAUUUAUUUUUGGUGUUUGGAAGAGGCAAUAUUGGAAGUAAUUGCAUGGGAAGAAGGUAGCGUGGUCGAAACGACGAGCACUAGAAGUGCACAUUGGUGGGAAAUAGUAAUAGCAGUAGUAAUGGAAUGAAUACAAGUAGACCAAGAUUGGGAAAGCGUUGAAAAUGAAAAGACAACGUUGAUCUUUGUAAUUUUCCUUUAUUUUAAUACUACUAAAGUUUUGGGGUGUUUUGAUUUUGAGUGGAAUCUUUUUUUGUACAAACUUGGGUUGGACUUUGUUGGUUUAUAAUUAAGAAAAGGAGGAAGGGAGUUUGAAAACAUUGAUAGUGUACGUACGGUAGUGUGAUGCGCAGUGCUUUGUAAUUUGUUGGCGGUUUGCAAUAAUAGUUUUUAAAUAUA